AUGAUAGCCCCGCAGCCCGGGGUCCCUCUAAUGUUGUACCUAACUUCAACCCCCAAGUCCAUAGGGGCAUUAUUGGUCCAAGAUGUAGAAGGAACAGAACGCCCGGUGUAUUACAUCAGCCGGAAGAUUCGAGGAGCAGAAGUUCGAUAUACUCCGGUAGAGAGACAUUGUUUAGCUUUGGUAUUUAUCGCCCAAAAACUCAGACAUUACUUCUUAGCACAUCAGAUUCAGAUUGUUACUAGAAGUGAUCCAAUCCGAUACCUCCUCAGCAAGCCUGCUCUAACCGGGAAGGUGGCAAGAUGGUUGUUAGCAUUGGGUGAAUUCGAGAUCACAUGUGUAGCUCCCAAGGCAAUCAAAAGCCAAGCCUUAGCUGAUCUCCUUGCUCAAUUUCCAAGUGGUGACUAUGAACCAGUGAAUGAAGAAUUAAGAGGAGAGGUGCAUGCAGUUAUGGCUUCCGAGGAAAGCUUUUGGACAUUAAGCUUUGACGGAGCGGCAGCCGGAGGGAAAGGAGGAACGGGGAUAGUCCUUACAAGCAAAAGUGGGGAAAAGUUAUAUUUGUCUUAUAAACUGGAUUUCCAUUGUUCGAAUAAUGAAGACGAGUAUGAGGCUCUUGUUUUAGGCUUGAUAGCAGCUGAGAAGCACAGUAUCAAGAAGAUUCGGAUCCGGGGGGACUCAAAGCUGAUAGUGAAGCAAGUUUCAGGACAGUUCGUCUUAAAGGAGCCUGCCUUGGCCACAUAUCGAACAACAGUCCAAAGGUUUCUUGACAAAUUUCAGAAGGUCGAAAUAGAGCAUGUGCCUCGCUCUGACAACAAGUUUUCAGAUGUCCUCGCAACAUUAGGGGCAAGAGUCGAUAUCCCAGAGGAGGAGGUGACAAUUGUUAUCAAUAAGAGAACAGAGCCUUCAAUAAUACCCGAAGACGAAGACCUUCCAGAGGACUGGAGAGCAGAAGUCCUUGAACAACUCAGAAGUAAAAUUGGAAAACUGACUAUGGCCAAGCUUGCCCAAUUCAUAAUUAUUCAAGGUGAACUGUACUUCCGAGGAGGUACCGGAUUCCUAGCCCGGUGUGUUGGCCAACAAGAAGCAAGCUUUCGACUACAACAGAUCCAUGAAAAGUUUUGCGGGGAUGGGGAUAUCAGUCUGUACAGAAGAAUCCAAAGACAGGGCUAUUAUUGGCCCGAGAUGGAGAAGGACUCGAAUCAAUUACAGAAGGAAUGCCCCAAGUGUUAG